UGGGCACCUUAGGGUGGGAAGAUUGGCUUAUCUUUUGGAGUUCUUUUAUAAAUUGCUUUUAUUGAAUUUGAAAUGGAUAUCAGAAGCUCCCAUUCUUUGUAAACUAUAUGGUAAACUAUAAAAGCAAACUUUUGGAUUUGGAACUUGGAACUGUUUUCAUCAAAGAUGUAAAACCGCUAAGUAUUAGUUUGUAAUUGGCCAGACUUGGGGGUAGAAUAUGGCCCUUCGAUGAUCCUCGACCCCAGCUUUGUUUCCCUCUACUUUUUCUUCAUUUCAGAGAAGAGAUAAGCAGUCAACUUUUAUUUUCAAUGUGUAAGAUCUAUUUCUUCCACUAACCUGUGAAAUUAAUCUUUUGUUGUUGUUGCCAAAUAAGUUGGCAAUAGGUAGGUGCUGGAACAAAGUUUUUCAUCUUUGCUUACACACUGAAAUGUGCAUACUCAGAUGCAUUCAUGUGAAAACAGCUUUGCUUGGAAGAUCUGAAACCAAGUUCUUGCUUUAGGGUUAGCUAACAGUCUAAUAGGGCAGUCUAUAUGCAUAAAUAACAAUAAUGCGUGCUGUUUUUGAAAAAUUCAUGUUUCUUUCUGAAUUUUAUCCCUACUUAAAAAAAAUAACGUUGAACGAAUAGUAAUAUGACUUUUGGAGUAACUCAGUACAAGGCUUUGCUGUUCAUGUAUUUGUAAGAAACUUUAUGCUAAUGUCAAAGAAAAAUGAACCAGUGUAGUUGCAUAGGGAGGAAGGAAGGAAGGUAGGGCCACACGUACUUCCUGGUGUCUUGAAAUCGGAGCUUCAGAUGCAAUGUGGUGUUCUUUCUCCCUCCCCUUCCCUCUCUCCCUCCCAUCUUGUGACUGGUGAGCUGAGCCCUUUCUCCAACUGUACAUGAUUUCCCAGUGAACUGGUGGGUGUAUUUUCCAACAUACAUUAGUCACCCGACUUAAGCCUUCAGUUCAUAUCCUUAUAACAGAUUGUGUUUAAAAUCUUAACAGGUUUCUCACCUUUUAGGGUUCAGACUUACUAUCCACUUAGAGUCUGUGACCUUUACUUUUGGCAAGCUUCCAAACAGCUCUUUGGCGGAGACCCUGUCCACUUUAUUCUUGCAUUCUUUGGUGGUGGAGGACCAGAGAUCACUUAGGUAACCCGGGGGGGCGGGGGUGGGGGGGUGUUGGGAGUGGGGUAGGGCAGCGCACCUUCUCGGAUGCUCAAGCCAAGACCCUGACUUACCCGGUAACCCCGCCCCCCAGUUGGGGUAGGUUAGAGAGCGUUUGGCUUUUGAGGGCUGGCGAAAGUAAGUAACACAUCUUACUUACAUCUUUGUGAAACGAAGAUAGUUCCAAGCAACCACCUUGUAAAUGAACCGUCAGAGUUCAGCCUAUCUGUAUAGGAGAUACUGCAGGCCACGAUCCUUGGCUUUGUGAGCAGUUUGUAAUGUAGCCAGUUUUAUUCCCUCCCCCGCAAGAAGUGUUUUAAUCAUAGUAAGGACGAAAAAACGCUGCUGCAAUAUGUGACAAAAAAUGUUUUAAAGCAUGGCACGUUUUGUCCCCCCAUAAUUUUGUCAUAAGGUGUCCAGGCGUUUCUUUGGAAGCUAGAUGACACUGUCAGUAAACGCCGAAAUAACAGCUGUCGCUUGAACCGACCGGUGUUACUUCCCGGUGGGGGUGAGGCCCAGUCUCGCCCGCGUUCUGUGCGGGCGGGGGGCUUGUUGGCGAACAGUGGGGUCUGGGCUCCGCGGGGCGGGGCCGCCGGGGGGCGGGACGAGUCGGGGGCGGGGCCGCCCGUCAGCCGCUAGUGCGCAUGGGCAGGCGUCCUCUCCCCUGCUGGCUGACCCCUUCAAUUUUCGCCGUUGUCCGAAACGCUGCGAAGGCUGUUACCUGAGCGCUAACGGUCGCAGGCAUGGCCGAUGAAAAAGGUUUCCUGAGGGGAGACGUAGAGAAGGGAGAGGAGCCGGUGGUGACCAUCACCGGUAGUGCGUACUCUGGGAAGCAGGCGGGGGAGGAGGAGGAGGAGGAGAAGGAGGAGGAGUCCAUGAAGGUGGAAGUGGAGGCGGGGGCAGAUGCCUGCUCUGACGACCUCAGCUGUGGGGAGGCCGACAUCGACCCUAGCCUGCUGGAGCUUGUGGACGAGGAGAAAUGCCGGAGUAUCCGCAGGCAGUACCGGCAGCUCAUCUAUAGUGUCCAGCAGAACCGUGACGACAUAGUGAACACGGCGAGCGACUCCUUAACCGAGGCUCUCGAGGAAGCCAACGUCCUGUUUGAUGCAGUGAGUCGGACAAGAGAAGCGGCUCUCGACGCUCAGUUUCUUGUUUUGGCUUCUGAUUUGGGUAAAGAAAAAGCAAAGCAGCUAAACUCUAACAUGAGCUUUUUUAAUCAAGUGGCAUUUUGUGACUUUCUGCUUGUAUUUGUGGGUCUAAACUGGAUGGAGGAUGAUGAUCGUGAUGCCUUGAGUGACUGUGAUGAUAACACAGCUCUUUCCUUCUGGGGGGCAGUACAAAAGGAAGCAACGUCGUGGAUGCUUCGAGCUGAUACGUUCCACUUUAUUUUUGGUUCAUUCACAUCAGAGGCUUCCGCGAGAAAGCCCCGACUUGAGCACCGGAAGAAAGUUCACAAAAUGGAAGAAAAUGGGGAUAUGCCUACAAAGCUGAGGAAGCUGGACCUGAGUAGUAAUCAAGAAGCGACCGAAAAAGAAGUUGAAAGAAUCUUGGGAUUGUUGCAAACGUACUUUCGAAAGUAUCCUGAUACUCCUGUGUCCUACUUUGAGUUUGUGAUUGACCCGAACUCCUUCUCUCGUACUGUGGAGAAUAUAUUUUAUGUUUCUUUCAUUAUAAGGGAUGGUUUUGCAAGAAUAAGGCUUGACCAAGACAGGCUGCCAAUAUUGGAGCCAAUUAAUAUUAACCAAGUGGGUGAGGGAAAUGAUCCCAGUUCCCAUGGCAGGAAACAAGGAGUUAUAUCUUUGAGUUUACAGGACUGGAAAAAUAUUGUGGCAACUUUUGAAAUUUCAGAGGCUAUGAUCCAAACUCGUACUAAAGAUUUUUGUUUUUAGUGUAGGAUACAUUUUGUGGUUUUUCUAAAGCAUAUCAAAAUGGAGAGUAAAAUCCAAACAAGCACAUAUUGUAUUUCUUGUAAAGUGAAAAAGUAUUUUCAAGAACAUGAGAAAUUGUUUUGUUGUGCACUGUGUUUUUCUUGGUAGUUUAUAAAGUUGUCACGAUCUUUUAUAUUGCUAAAAAAAAUUUCAGUGGCAUGUUCCUGGAAAAAUUUUUUUGACUGCUCCUUAAAACUUUAAGAAUAAAAGUUCUGAAUGCCAUAAAUUAGAAGGUAUUUGAUAAUUU